AACGACGCCGGCUGGAUCGGACGGACGGAGUGAAUUUUGUUGCUUUCAAUUUACAUUUGCACACACACACAGAGCCCAUUUUUAUAUUGUUAUUUUUUAUUAAUACGAGACGUACAUAUAUCUCUACGCCUGGUCGAAAUUCCGUUCUAUACCUCCUCCUCACCAUCUGUUUGUUCCUAGUACCCGUGUGCUGUGGGUAUAUCCUUGUGCAUCUAUUUCCUCUAUAUAUACAUACAUACAUACAUAAUAUGUAUCUGGCACACUCUGUUAUACAAGCCCUCGUCGUGGCUAGCAAGCGUUGUUGGCGCAUUUUUUACUUUCGUGGACGUUGACGUUUCCAAAUAAAUUUCUUAAAGAGUUCCAGCCUAUAAAUAUUCGUAGAUGGACAAUUCUUCUCCGAACUCCGUGUCAAUACACUGCUCCUCCUUUGUCAUCAUCGGACAAUUAAGUAAAAGGAAUCCGUGGGUCGGUCGGUAGUUAAGUAAGUAGGGAGUCCACAAUAGGUUGGUCAUCUCAUUACAGUUCCGACUUGCUAUACCAAGUGUGAGGCUGUUGUUGGUUGUUCCAUUUCUAUUACCAAUCGCAGAGAGAAAGACUGGUCCAUGGGUCUGGCUUGGUAUUACCACGAAAUGUUUGGUGGCUGAUGAAAAAGGAAUCAAAAAGAGUGGUGGACCGGACCGGGUGACAAAAAGAACGAGCCGACGACGACGAGUCGUGGUCGUGGUUGCCUCUUGCCUUUCCCAAUUCAUCGAUUGAUUACAAAGAGCCCACUACUUACUACAAGUUAUACACAUUUUGAUUACGAGGUUGGGAUAUGAUGGCAAACCAUGCAAGCACACAACGGAGAUGAUGGCAAUGUAUUUUCGCAAGUCUCCUCCUCCAUCUCAAAUAUAAACACGUCGAAUUCUCAUCUCAUCUCGGGGCGACGUGUCCGUUGCUGUGUGUAGUUGUUGGCUACAUAAAAUAGUAUACUACAGACAUUGAUUAAGAUCAUCUCAUCAUCAUCACCCUCACUUCCCAUCACUGCCUGUGUUGGUGGUGUCCGAUCCCGUGGCGUGGCGUCCCUUAAUUACCUCUUCUUGAAUCGCUUCGUGUGUUCUUCUGUACUGAGAGUGAGAGUGGGUUCAGGUAAAAGUGGUCCACUCUACCACGAGUGUCAGGUCAGUGAGGAACGCUAAUAAGUUGAUAAUUGUCCCACCCCCUACCGACCGAUCUCUACCUGGAUUCUACACACGUCUCACUCCUGCUCUCCUCCACACACUGCUCAGGUGAGAAAGGGCAACAUACAUACAAACCGAUAUCAUCAACAUUGUUGUUAACCCUUCUUCUUGCAUGGGGACACCUUCAUUAACACGAGCAUCGAGUAAAACGAAACACGUUUUGGUGGUGUGUCACUCACAAAUUAAUAGCUCCUCAUUCUUGGGUUGGUUACCUUCUUUUGCAGAAGCUUCCUCCUGCUGGACUUUGACUUCAGCUACUUAUUUCGGCUUCUUCUUUCACGUCCUGGUGAGUCUUGAUCUCCAUUUCUUUGCAUGAAUUUACAUAAUGGUGUGUUACCUGGCUUUAAAGACGGGUCAUGUAUAUUGGGUGUAUGCAUGUGUACGUAUGUAUGUAAGUGUCUUACUCACAUGCAUAAUUGCAUGGUAAUUGUAUGAUUUAAUGUAUCAUUAAGACCACGUUGGUUUACCCUCUGCAUUGAUUAUUUAACACACUAAACAUAAUAGUGUCCCGACCUGACGCAUACGACAAAAUAUAUCUUGGAAUAGACUGUUUCUUUCGCGAGGAUGCUUUUUGGACGUGGGAAAACAACUUUUGAACAUUCAUCCAUGCUCACUCUCGUUCCGUUCUCUCUACUUGAUUACUUAUAUAAACUUCAAAUAAAGUCGAAUAAUUAUACUAGAGAGUGAAUUAUAAAUUAUAACAAAUGUUCCAAAUAAUUAAUAAACUUGACCCUUCCUGCUUGAAUCCAUUAUAUUGACCGGGUUCAUAUUCUUUUCGGUGGUGUUCUCUUCGGUAGUAAAUUGAACCUUCUACAUGAGCCAUGUCAGCCUUCCGUCUUCAUUCCGUGUCUGGAGGAGGCAACAACCCCACACUCUACCAGCAGCCCUUGUGUGAACGCGAAUUCGGUGUGAGGGCAGCUUUACUAAUGAGCGCAGGAGUUCCAUUUGGUGGGAGCAGCAGCAGCAGCAACAGCAUGAACACCAGCAACGGCAAUAGUCUGAACAAUAGCGGAAACGAUAUCAACAUGCGACGAGGUCAGGUCCUGGAGGUGCGACCCUACGUGAUCGCCAAGAACUUUAACAACUUCGUCAUUGAUGAUCGCCGAGUGGAUGCGCCUCUUCCUGACCCGCUUACGAUUUCGAGCUCCAGGAUGAAGCAGUGUAAACCUUUCGUCAUCGCUGGAUUCCAGCUUGGGCUUAUCACGCCUGAAGUGGAAGAAGUGCUGAAGGAAUACGCUCAAGUUUUCGUAAUCAAGGACCAGUGCGUGACUCUGGUUGAUACGCUGAAUACUUAUGAUUCUCGAACGAAAGCGGUGGCUGCUGUUCUGAAAGACAUGCGGAGCCAGGAUAAGUUCCUUACGCUGCGCGGGUGGCGAGACGAGUUUUUUGAAGUUCGGAUUAAUACUGGGAAACCAUCAAUCAUGAGGAUGGAAAGAGCUGCAACUUGCAUCUUCGGUAUUCGCCAGUUUGGGGUGGAUAUAAACGGUUUUGUCAACCACCCUGAGAAAGGGCUCUGCAUUUGGUUGCAGAAACGAAGUGAUAAUAAACAGCGAUGGCCAGGGAUGUGGGAUAACAUGGUGAGCGGAGGACUAUCCGUUGGCUUUUCUGUAAGUGAGACUGCUCAAAAAGAAGCGAAUGAAGAGGCUUCUAUUCCAGAGGAUAUGGUUAAAGAUCUAGAGCUGGUGAAGACCAUUUCUAUUUUCUUUGAGUCGGAGCGAGGCUUAUCGCCAAAUACGGAAUUUAUCCAUGAUUUGGAGCUGCCUUUGAAUUUCAUUCCUAGAAAUCAGGAUGGAGAGGUUUCUGAGUUUCAACUACUCACGGCUCGAGAGGCGUUGGACAUGGUUCUGUCUCCUAAGUUUAAAACUACUAGCUGCCCAGUCGCUUUGGAUUUCCUCAUCCGCCGUGGUGUUCUAACUGAUGAGAUGGAACCGGAGUUGGAGCGCGUGAAGCAAUUACUCCAAAUUCCUCUUUUGGAUUUUUAUCGCAAACUUGAUGAAUAAAACUGAAUCAUCACUAAGCUAACUUUUUAUAUAUUUUGAUAGUCACAUAUGUUUUAAUUCAUUGUGAACACGGUAUUCUAAUAAUACCUUACAUUGCGUAUUUUUACAACAAUUCAAAAGUUUUAAACUAUUUCCAACAAUCUGACAACCUUUUCCCUGUGCAUUUCAAUAAUCAGAAAUAAACCAUUAAAUUCAUAAACCUUCUUCACAUCAA